CGAUUUUUAGGCCUAAGCUGCAUAAUGUUAUCUGAGAAGAAACAAAAGAGUGCAGCUGUACGUGGUCUUGAUGCAUACAAAACAAAUUUAAUGAAACAAGCUGAAAAAAUUGUGUUAGAAGAAUUCCCGAAAAAAGUACUCGAAUUCAAUAAUCUACUUGAGGACGAGCGGUUCUCCUAUGAGCGGUUGCCAGAACUCUUACCGAAUAUUGACUUAGGAAUUCCAUACUCGGAACAACUAAUAGAAUAUGCGAAUGAUAGAAACUCUACUGAACAUGAAAAUGAUGAUGGGAUUCUGAAAAAAAAGCGGAAAAUUGAUCAUGCUAGUGUUCAACCACUUCAUGGCACUUCAGUCUAUGGUUUUAUAAAUGGGACGGUUAAAUGUAACGAAAAGCUUGCUGGUCUCACCGAUAUCACACGGCCUUUACUUCGUGAUUCGGUUGAAGCGGUCAACAAGGUAAAAAUGUGGAUUUUGUUUUUGAUUCCACGUAUUGAAGAUGGUAACAACUUUGGGGUUUCCAUACAGGAAGAAGCUCUGAGUGAGGUGCGUACUGUCGAGGGUGAAGCAGCAUCAUUUCUUGAUCAAAUGUCACGAUAUUUCGUUAGCCGUGCUCGUUUGGUAACUAAAGUAGCCAAGUAUCCGCAUGUUGAAGAUUACCGUCGAGCAAUCCUGGAUAUGGAUGAGAAGCAGUUCAUCAAUAUCCGUCUUGUGUUAACUGAAAUGCGCAAUCACUUUGCUACACUACAUGAUAUGAUUACGAAGAAUUUCGAGAAAAUCAAAAUGCCACGAAGUAAUAAUUCUGAGCAUAUGUAUUAAUUAGAAAAUUUUUGAAUUAUUUUUCCUUUCUGAUUUUUGAAUUAUUGUUCGUAUGCAAUGUUCUAUUGAAAUUUGUAUGAAAAGCGAUCAGUAUUAUUAUUCAUCCUGAAGAAUUCUAUAGGGUUAAAAUAACAUCGUUUUUUACGUGGCGUUUUAUUUCUCACUCUGAUGUUGAGAUAAAUACAAACUAAAAAAUAAAUGUUCUUUUUAGUGCA